AUGCAGUUUUGGACGCAACAUGAGUUGGCCAGCAAGGGCUCGACAAGGCCCAAUCUGUCCAAUUUUCUGCAGUUAAGAAGACGGUACGAUACCUUUCAAAUAAAAUCAAAUCACUCAAUAUCGCUGGCUUCAGCGGAGGAGUUUGACCCCGACCGUUUUAUCGAUGAACGACUUCAGAAGCAUCUGGUCCCCAAUCCAUUCCAGUUUCUCCCCUUCAACGCUGUCACGGUACCACAGAUCUGUCUUGGUCAACAAUUUGCCUACAACGAGAUGUCCUACGUGCUCGUUCGCCUCCUGCAACAUUCCUCAUCCAUCAAACUGGAUCCUGAGGCAGCACCACCGGCUGCGUGUGUACCAGAAAGUUGGAAGGGCCAGCCUGGGAGGAAAGGCAUUGAGCUGUUUAUAUCUGAAUCAAACUUGACCCUCCAUGCAAAGGUGGUAGAUAUGUGGGUCAAGAUGGGGCAAGUGUAG